CUGAAAUCCCGCCGCGUCUCCGGGAAGUCACGCUUGCGCAGUCUCGGCCCUUGGCCGCCGCGCCAGCCCCUCUCUGCGGCGGGGGACGGGGCAACCUUGGCCCCUCCGCGUUUCCGUCUUUUCCGGCAGUUGGGGCGCUUCCUGUUGUCUUCAGCCGCAACUGCCCCUCGUACCCUACCUCAGAGGCCCUCACCGGUUCCCUCCCUUCCUCUGGCCGGCUGGCUGCUGCCACUGGGGCUUCGCCUGUCCGCACUUCGAGACCGCUGGCCCGGCCGGCGUCUGCGGCUGUCCGCCGCCCCCAGUCCUGUCUCCCUCGGGGCCCUGCAGCCAUGGCAAUGACAGGCUCAACACCUUGCUCGUCCAUGAGUAAUCACACAAAGGAAAGGGUGACAAUGACCAAAGUGACACUGGAGAAUUUUUAUAGCAACCUUAUCGCUCAACAUGAAGAACGAGAAAUGAGACAAAAGAAGUUAGAAAAAGUGAUGGAAGAGGAAGGCCUAAAAGAUGAAGAGAAACGACUCAGGAGAUCAGCACAUGCUCGGAAAGAAACAGAAUUUCUUCGUUUAAAGAGAACAAGACUUGGAUUGGAAGAUUUUGAGUCCUUAAAAGUAAUAGGCAGAGGAGCGUUUGGUGAGGUGCGGCUUGUUCAGAAGAAAGAUACAGGACAUGUAUAUGCAAUGAAAAUACUCCGUAAAGCAGAUAUGCUUGAAAAAGAGCAGGUUGGCCACAUUCGUGCGGAGCGUGACAUUCUAGUGGAGGCAGACAGUUUGUGGGUUGUGAAAAUGUUCUAUAGUUUUCAGGAUAAGCUAAACCUCUACCUAAUCAUGGAGUUCCUGCCUGGAGGGGACAUGAUGACUCUACUGAUGAAAAAAGACACCUUGACAGAAGAGGAGACUCAGUUUUAUAUAGCAGAAACAGUAUUAGCUAUAGACUCCAUUCACCAGCUUGGAUUCAUCCACAGAGAUAUCAAACCAGACAACCUUCUUCUGGACAGCAAGGGCCAUGUGAAACUUUCUGACUUCGGCCUUUGCACAGGACUGAAAAAAGCACAUAGGACAGAAUUUUAUAGGAAUCUGAACCACAGCCUCCCCAGUGAUUUCACUUUCCAGAACAUGAAUUCCAAAAGGAAAGCAGAAACCUGGAAAAGAAAUAGACGUCAGCUAGCCUUCUCCACAGUAGGUACUCCUGACUACAUUGCUCCCGAGGUGUUCAUGCAGACCGGGUACAACAAGCUCUGUGAUUGGUGGUCGCUUGGGGUGAUCAUGUAUGAGAUGCUCAUCGGCUACCCACCUUUCUGUUCUGAGACCCCUCAAGAGACAUAUAAGAAGGUGAUGAACUGGAAAGAAACUUUGACUUUUCCUCCAGAAGUUCCUAUCUCUGAGAAAGCCAAGGAUCUGAUUUUGAGAUUUUGCUGUGAAUGGGAACAUAGGAUUGGAGCCCCUGGAGUUGAGGAAAUCAAAAGUAAUUCUUUUUUUGAAGGCGUUGACUGGGAACAUAUCAGAGAGAGACCUGCUGCAAUAUCUAUUGAAAUCAAAAGCAUUGAUGAUACUUCAAACUUCGAUGAGUUUCCAGAAUCUGAUAUUCUUAAGCCAACAGUGGCAACAAGUAAUCACCCUGAGACUGACUACAAGAACAAAGACUGGGUCUUCAUCAAUUACACAUACAAGCGCUUUGAAGGCCUAACUGCACGGGGGGCAAUACCUUCCUAUAUGAAAGCAGCAAAAUAGUAUCUUUGAAAUGGAAUCCUAAAUGGAGCAGUGUUUUGUACAACAUCAUAGUUUUCCUCUCACACACUUUUUUGAAAUUGCUUCCAAGAAGUUUAUGGAACCCACUUGUAUGUCAUGGUAAACUCUCCUGAAAUGUGAUAGUAAGUGGAUUCUCUUCCUUAAUGCAUCUGAAAAGCUGUAGGAAAAAAAGAACCAUUUUUACUACAUUGGCCACAAGCAGCUGUCUUGCUUCUUCAGAGGCGUCACGAGCCAAUAUGAUAGGUGUUUUUUUUUCUUCAAAAAACUUGAGUUUUCCUAAAGUUCAUCAGAAGGGGAAAAACAGCCAUCAUCCAGCAUUAUUGAGAUUGUAAUGUAUUGAAUAUCAGACAAUUCCUGUGAUUUUGUGACAUGCUUUCUACCAAGCCCACCAAGUAUUUCUUUUUUUUUACAGCUGAAAGUUCCACAGUACUAAGGAAAUACAGCAAUAACAAAAGUCUCAGCAGCCAGCAUUCUGGCUGAAGGAAAUGAUCCACUAUCCUCUAACAGGGUGGUGAGGGUAGUUUCUCCCCAUACCUCGGCCUCGGGCGAGUGGCUUUUAUAGCCUCCAUUCAUGGUGCACUUUAUAUAUGGUACUAGGAUAAAGACCUUUAAUCCAUUGAUUUCUGUCCUCCCACCCAUCUAAAUACUCUUGCUGCUCUUCUGAGUGUUGAUGGGGGAAUACCAGUUUGAUCCCUUGUUGCUCUCAGAAGGCCCCCAAAGCCAUUGGGCAUUGCCAAGGAGUCCCGGGUCACGUGGAAAACCAAACCCUCACUUUCUCUUCGUGGCUGUAUCAGAAAAUCCCCAAGACGUGGACCAGCAACACCUGCAAGUGCUGCCAACAGGAACUUGGUUUAUUCCUGGGAACACAGCAAGGAGAGCCCAGGCAGAGGCAGAAGGCCUGGAACCCUCUUGGCCAAAGUGCUGCUCCUGCUCAGUCUCCAGAACCUCCUUGGAAGUGGUGAGGGAACCAGCCCAAUACAAAGUGCAAAACCAGCCUACAGAUCUUCAUAACAAGUUCACUCUUCAAUCCUUGGUGCAACUGUGUUUUGUCUUCUCUUUUGGUAGUUCUUCUCUCCCGACUUUAAAUGCCAUUUUGCCUUGGAAUCAUGAUUAUAGAUUUUUCCUUUGCAGAUGCCUUCCUAGGGGAUGUUUCUCUCUACCCUCAAGGGUCACCUGCAGCUUGGGCUGACCAGGCCUCUGCUGUGGCAUUCUCUCAUGAGACACCCUCUGAAUUUUAGCACAAAGUGCCUUCUCUUUCACAACUGCCACCACCUUUAGAGGAAUUUUGCUGCAUCAGAAAAAUGUGGAGGCUCCAUAUUAAUUCAUUAUUACUUUUUAAAAUUUUGAUAACUCUUAAAGCAUCGUUUGCACCUGUGUGGUAACUUUGGCUGUUGCAGAGCGUCUUGGCCAAGCUACAACUGGGAGACUGUUUUCUUGACAUUGCCAGUCUUGACAUUGUUAAGAUAGCUUUGAAAAGAAAGUAUGUCCUAGCUUAGCCAUUGAGAAAAGAAAAAUGGAAUAUCAAAAAGUUACAGUACUAAGUGAAACUGCUUUGGAUUUUAAUGUUUUAGAGGAAGAAAAAAGAAUAUUAGUUAAGUAUUGACUCUGGAUGAAGGUAAUGUGACUGCCCCCUUAAUCUUUCAUUCAUGGUCUAAUGGCGAAAAGGAAGUAAAUGAGAUUCUUUUGUGUAACUUUGUAGUUCCUUUGUAUUACCAAAUAGUUGGGGUGUUGACCCCCACAUGUUUUGCAAGAGUGUGUGGUAAGCAUGGGUAAAGAGAUGUAACAGGAGUGGUGAUAGUCUGCGUGUUGGGGAGUGGCAGGGGACAAUUUGUUUUAGGGAGAAAUGUCCACAUUUUAACUUUUGAACUUUGGAAUAAACUGUGUGAAAAUAGUA